AAUUUAGUCAUUCAACAUACAAGAUGUUGAAAUUAAGGGUUUUAUGUUUAAUUCUUUUGAUCCUAGUGAUCUCUAGUUUGUGCGCAGAAGCUCAACAACAGCAAAAUAAACGGAAGCGGGGUUCUCAAAAGGUUCAACAACAACAAAAUUUAAAUAAACCACAAAACAAUAAACAAAAGGGGAAUAAUAAGAUUAAUAAAGUUCCCAUUAAAAACAAUAAGAAUAGACAAGAGAAACCUUUAAAGAAAGUCAAAGAUGAUAUUACACAAUUAAUACCCGGACUGGGUUCGGUGAAGGGACGCACUUUUAAGUCAGAGUGGAGCGGUAAAACUAUUUUGCAAUUCUUGGACAUUCCCUAUGCCAAAGCUCCUUCCGGUUCUUUGAGAUUUAAGGCACCUGUGCCCGUCACUCCCUGGUCCAAUGUGCUAAGUGCAGAUAAACCUCAUCAUGGCUGUCCUUCCCUGCAGGAUUUGGUCAGCUACGAAGCGCUAAAAGCGAAAAAAAUCAAUGUGGAAGAUUGUUUAAGAUUGACCGUUAAUACGAAAUCAGUUACUGGCAAUUCUCCUGUUAUGGUUUAUGUCCAUGGUGACUUCUUAUAUGAUGGUAGUAGUUUAGAGGCUGCCCCAGGAUAUCUUUUAGAAGAAGAUGUCGUUUUGGUUUCUGUGCGCUAUCGUUUGGGUCCUUUCGGAUUUUUGUCGACAAUGACAGACGAUAUACCUGGAAACGCUGGAGUUAAGGAUGUAGUGUUAGCAUUGCAAUGGAUACAAGAUCAUAUUUCAGCCUUCGGAGGUGAUCCCACGCGUGUCACUUUGUUUGGGCAAGUUGCUGGUGCAGCUCUCAUCAAUGUCCUAACCAUGAGUCCAGCCGUACCAGAAGGUCUUUUCCACCGUGUAAUCUAUCAUUCGGCCUCCGCUUUAUCUCCAGCAUUUAUUACCGACAAUCCUUUACCAUCAGCCAAGGAUAUUGGUAAAAUAGCUGGUUGCAAAAAUGUAAACAAAGUCGAUUCUCUUAACAAAUGUUUGCGUAAGUUAAACGCUACUGAAUUGUUGGAAGCCUUCAAUGUACACAGUACUUCCAAGUUAAGUCAAGGUGUAGGUGCGUCUGGUGCUGUACAAUUUGUUGUCGGUGGUCCUUCGGGGAUAUUGCCUCAAUACCCUGCUAAAAUACUAACAUCUGGAAAUUUCAAAGCCUACCCCACUAUGGGCGGUAGUGUUAAGAAUGGUGGCACUUUUAUAUUAAGAGAUAUUUAUACGGACAUCUUUAACGAAACUAUUAUCGAUGACACCAUGAACGGCAUAGACUACAUAAAUCUUAUUAUAUCACAAACCAAUGGUGCUGAUCCCACCGAGGCUUGGAAGAAGUAUGCUGAGGAAGAAGUCUUCACUCCCGAAAUAAUUAAAAAUGGUACAUUCCACGCAAUGACUCCAGGUUUAAUUGAUCUGUGCAGUACUAUUGCUUUUAAAAAUCCAGUUUUGUUGGCCCUACAAGGCAACGCACAAAAGUUGCCCAAUAGUACAUAUCUAUACUCGUUUGACUAUGAGGGCGAGUUAAACCGUUACACAACAUCUGAUAAUGCUGAUUAUGAUAUAAAUGAGAUGCCGUUCGAUUUGGGCGUUUCUCUAACUGACGACAAUCUCUAUUUGUUCCCUUGGCCAAGAUAUCUCUUACUCAACUCAAAUCGUGACAUUAAGAUUGCUAAGCGCAUGGUGUCAUUUUGGACUUCGUUUGCUGCCACUGGUAAGCCAUCUGCUCCCAAUGUUCCAGAAUGGCCUGCAAUGAACGAUGAGACGGGACCAUAUAUGAAAAUUGGAAAAACCGUUUCGAUUGCUGAAAAUUAUAUCGAUGAAUUUACCGCUGCCGUUAAGGAAACCGCUGAUGGUUAUAAUCUCGUCAACGAAGAAUUCUUUGACAGUUUAGUCGAUAUUACUGAAAAUAAAGAAGGCGAUCAAUCUGCUGAUCAAGAGGAGACAGACAAUGAAGAGGGUCGUGGCAAUAUUGUAUUAAUAGCCAAAAGGACAAAAAAAAUUUAAAACAGACGUAAUGAUGACUAGGAUUAUAAAUUAAACUAUAUAGUUAUUAAGCACAUACCAUUUAUUGUAUGUAACUAUUUAAUGAUUAUGUACACUUAUAUGUAACUACAUGUAUUUUAAUGAAAAUAAAAUUCAAAAUGUACUUUAA